AUGGCGGCAUUCAGCACCACAGACGAGGCCAUUCUCACGGCUCCUCUCGAGCUCGAUCCGCUCGCCCAGUCUGCCACCGCUUCCUCGUCCGGUCGUUCCAUCUACCACGUCUACGACAUCGUCUCCACCGCCGCCAAGAUCCACUCGGGUCGCUUCCAACGCGUGGCCUUGCAGUUCCCCGACGAGGCGCUCGUAGACUCGGUCCCCGUAUACUGGGCUCUGCGGCACCAGGUCCGCUCCCUCAUCCGCAAUGCUUCCUCCUCCGACGCCGACUCCGCAUCCAGCUCGCCCAGCCCGCUGCCCGACUUCUACAUCCUCGCAGAUACCAGCUACGGCGGCUGCUGCGUGGACGAGGUGGCAGCAAAGCACGUAGACGCCGAUCUUGUCGUCCACUUCGGUCACGCCUGCCUCUCCGCAACGGCUAGGUUGCCCGUCAUCUAUGUCUUCACAAAACAGCCCUUGACGAGCGUCUCGGAGGCUGCCCAAGCACUGGCAGCGCACGCAAAGAACAACAUCCUAGAACAAUCCUCGAGCGGAUCACAUCCAAGUGCGCUCGUCUUCACCUACGACGUCUCCUGGCACCAUGUCGCCCAAGACGUCUUUGAGGCUACCCAACUCGCGCUCAUACAGCACGGAAUCUCUCUGCCCUUCGUCAGAACCCACGUUGAUCUUCGAACAAACUACGAAGACAAACUCGUCAACCGUACGUCCAGAGCGGCUGUACAAACAAGCAUUCGCGCUGACGCUUGCGCCUGCACCAGCUCUCGAACAAGCUUAGCAUCCACCUGCUGCGGUGCAACCUCGAGCUCUUCCUGCGCGCCCUCAUCAACGUGUCCUUCCGCAACUGCUACUUCCUCCUCGGCAAGUGCGCCAUAUUCACCAACAACGCAUGCGGCCGACGACGCCCGCUCCGAUCGCGACUCCCAUCCGCUGGGCGCUGCUCGUUCCGUGACGCUGCCCCAAGGCAUCGACCACACGCAGUGUGGCUACCUCUAUCUCGGCCCCGAGUCCCUCUCGCUCACCAACUUGCUCCUCACCCUUGGACCAUCCACGCCCCUCGUCUCCUACGAUCCCAUCCGCUCCACCGCACGAGUCGAGACUGGCUCAACCAAUCGGCUGCUCAUGAAGCGCUAUGCAUCCGUCCUCAAGGCGCGCGACGCCUCGGUGGUGGGCCUGCUCGUAGGCACGCUCGGCGUCCACUCCUACUUGCCGCUCCUCCAGCAUCUGCGUGCGCUGCUCACCAGCAGGAAGAGCGCGCGCAAGGUCUACACCAUCUCCGUCGGCAAGCUCAAUCCGGCUAAGCUCGCCAACUUUCAAGAGAUCGACGUGUUUGUGCUCGUCGCAUGUCCCGAAAACACGCUGGUCGACAGCAAAGAGUUCUUCCGGCCCAUCGUCACGCCGUUCGAGAUGCAGCUCGCUGUCAAUGCAGCCGAGCGCCAGCAGCGCGGAGAAGAAGGCGUCGACUGGAGCGGCAAGUACGUGCUCGACCUCGACAAACUCGUUCCACCGCACCUGCGUGACGCCCACGACCACAAGGACCUACUUGCGCGCAUAAAUGAAGUUGAGCUUGACGACGACACGCACGCAUCAGCACAGGUGCACGACGAAGAGCAUGACAGGGAAGAAGAAGAAGAAGACGACGACGAUGACGAUCGGCCGCACUUUUCGCUCGUCAGCGGAACGUACGUGCAUCGACGCAAGUUUCACGGCAACUCCCGCACAACUCACUCCCUUGGCGGCGCGACAGAUCCAGCAGACCAAGCUCUGCAACUCGCCAGCGCGCAGGGCGGCACCCAAGAGAACUCGGUGAUGAUGCGCAACCCGGCGACGGGCGAAGUGACCACGGUGCUCGAGAGCGCCUCGCUGCAGCACGUGGGCCAGCGCGCCUGGCAAGGCCUGGAGCAACGCAUCGGCCUCGACGAACCGAGCAUGCUCGAAGAAGGACGACAAGGCAUCGCCAAAGGCUACAAGGACGCUGGCGGCCAAGGCCACACCAUGUGA